AUGGACGACUUUCACGAAAGCAUGAACAUGCUCGAUCUUCCUGUGCCGAAUACCGCUGAGGAUGCCGCUCUAUCUCUUUUCUUUGCCCUUCCAAGCCCCGAAGACCAAAACGAAAUGUCUGACGAGGAGUCUGUCUUUGGUCGUAUGCUCCACGCGAUAGAGCUUUUCCAUGAAUCAUUCGGCCAAUCGAAAACCUCGACGGACGAAGAUUUGGAUUACCUCCAUCGCGUCGCCGAUGAAGCCCUGGAACGGAACACAUCCGGCAAGAUAUGCGCAAACUGCGGUAGGCCAGGCGCCCAAAAGGCAUGUACGGGCUGUCUUGUCAGUAUCGCGGGUCGAGCAGUCAUCGCCACUGAGUAUUGCGGCCAGCAUUGCCAGACAUUGCGCUCGAAACGUCACAUGACAUCCUGCAACGACGUGCGAAGACUCGGGCGAGCCUCAUCGAUGUUCCAUGAACUAUUCACGCAUUACACGCGAAUUUCCUUCAGCCAACAAGUUGUGGGCGUCACUGAGAGAGGAGGGGUUCUCGUUGCCGAUUACGCCUCAGGCAACCCACUGGUGUAUCAAGGAAAGCAUAUCCUGCAUCGUUUCCCAGAGAAUUUCGCCCAAUCCGAAUCUGUCGCUGAAGCUGUCGCUGAAGCUGUCGUUGAAGCUGUCAUGAUGUGUUUCAGUUGUUGUGAAGUUGUCGAUACGGCUGGAACUAUUCUGGAAGAGUUCUUCGAUUCUCCAGGUCGCACAUUGGAAAGUGUCUUCUGCGAAGUCAAGAACGUACAGAGGCCGGUAGCAAUGAGGACCAAGCGAAGUUCAGGGGAAGAAUACACCUUCAACACCUUCAUGCAACACAACCUCGUACGAAUCACGUUGGAGUCUGGGUUACAGUUUGCCCUGUACUUCAGUUGUGCCCAAUUCGGCUGGCAUGAAUAUCUGUCGCCCUGGGACGAGUACGAACGCCAUCGCAUCCAUCAUAUCGCAUACGUAAGCCCAUUCGCCACAGAGGGCUUAUCGGCUAUGCUCACGCAAGUCCGCAUCAGUGACGGCGAUCCCGCUACAGAAUGCCAAUCCGCAAAGGACAUCGUAGUGCUUGGCCUCCACCAACACCUUCAGACCACAACGGCAAGAUUCGGUGGCCUCGGGGGUUUUCUAGGACUCGAGGAGGGCUUCGAAGAAGCUCGGACAACAUUGCUGGCUGAAGCCAGGACGUUUAUGGACGCAAAAUCACGCCCUCUGGAACAACUACCAGUAUACAAGCUAUACUUUGACAAGGACUUCAACAUCGCUGUCACCAAUGACGCAGAAACGCAUAACCUCCUAAAGAAGUUAUGGUUCCCCAAAGAGGAAUUCGACCAGACUAGUGACAAUCCCCCUCGACUCAGGCGCAUUUAG